AUGGAAAUGAUAUUUUUCAUUAAACAGAGAAUGCAAGUUCUGGCAAUAGAGNCUCCAAAUGAGUUCAGUUAAAGAUAGCAAAAUAAAAAUUAUAUAAAAAUGCAGCUUAUUUUGGAAAAAUAGUUGAUGGAUAUCGGUAAGGACAAGGAAUUAUAAUAAAAUAGACACUAUAAAUAUAUGAGGGCUAGUUUGAGAAGAAUAAAAAGGAAGGAAUAGAUUCGAAAUUCUGAAAGGAAAUAAUAUUAUUAUGGAAAUUAUGUAAAUGAAUUACCACAAGGAGAAGGAAUUAAUUGGUCAAAAAGUCAGAAUUACAUUGGGCAGAUGUAUCAAGGAAAAAAAGUAAUGAGUGAGAUUUAAUAUGUUAGCAUGGCAUUGGAUUGUAUUAAGGACUUCAUCAAGACUGCUAUAUGGGUUAAUGGGAUAAUGGAAAACGUUGUGGUUCCUGCUUGCAUAUUAAUGGUUUCAUGUAUUUCAAUAUUUAAAAGUUAUUAGAAAUGUAGGGAAAGUAACUAUUGAUCUGAAAUAUGGAGUAGGUUAGGAGUAUUUGGAGAAUGGGGAUUUUUAUAUUGGUGAGUUUCGAAAUGGGAAGCCUAAUGGUAGGGGAGAGUAUAUUUGGAGUAAUGGAAAUUGUUAUCAGGGACAAUUUGAAAGUGGGUUGAGAAAUGGUUAUGGAACAUGGUAAAGUAAAACUUAGAGUGGAAAAAAUUGUUAUAAAGGAUAUUAUGCAAAUGAUAAGUAAUGCUGUGAGGGAAUUUUUGAAUACUCAAACGGAACUGUGUAUGUGGGUAAUUUUAUAGAAGAUAAACGAUUUCGUUAUGGUGAGAUUGUUUGGAAUGAUAUUCAAAGGUAAUUGGAAAUAGAAUUAGCUUUAAACUUUUGA